AUGCCAGAGCUUCCUCCCGUGCCCACUUCCUCCCGGGACAACGCUCCCAAUUCAGGCCCGAGCCUCAGCCCUUCCGCACGCGCCGGGGGCGCCAGCGCCUGCCAGCACAGCGAGGACGUCGGUGUCGUGUGCUCGGGCCCGCUCCCGCCCCGCGCACCCAGCCUGGCCCCCGGCGCCCGCCUGCAGGGCUCCAGGCUGGAAGUGCGGAUCAAGCCCAUCCUGGCCUGGGCCAAGCUGAGCGUCCCGGUGACCGAGGGCGUUGUGGAGGUGAAGUACGAGGGGCGCUGGCGGCAGGUGUGUGACGCCGGGUGGACGCGGAACAACAGCCGGGUGGUGUGCGGCACACUGGGCUUCCCCCACGAGGGCCACCUCGACACCAGCUUCUACCGGAAACUGUGGAACUCGAAGCUGAAGGACCCGCUCUCGAGCUUGAAGACCCUCAGCCAGAAGAACACGUUCUGGAUCCACCGCUUCGGCUGCCUGGGCACCGAGCCCCACCUGUCCCAGUGCCCGCUUCAGCUGGCCCCCCCGGGCCGGCCCCGGCCCACCUGCCCCCAUGGCAUGCACGCCGUCGUCCGCUGCGUGCCUGGCCCUGAGUUCCAGAAGGCCAAGACCAAAGCCAAGGGCAAGCCCCUCCGCAAGGUGGCCAAGGUGAAGGGCCCGGCGGUGCGCCUCCGGGCGGGCGCGCAGGUGGGCGAGGGCCGCGUGGAGGUGCUGCUCCACAGCCAGUGGGGCACCGUGUGCGGCCAGAGCUGGGACCUGCAGGCGGCCAGCGUGGUGUGUCGGCAGCUGGGCUACGGCACGGCCCGGGAGGCUCUCGCCAGCGCCCAGAUGGGGCAAAGCCUGGGCCCCGUGCACCUGGCGGAGGUGCGCUGCUCCGGCUACGAGCGGGCGCUGGGCGAGUGAGCUUCCAGGAGGCGGCACGUGCCCCACAUGGGCUACAAGAGCCAGGUGCGCCUGGCAGGGGGCCGCAGCCCGGAGGAGGGCGUGGUGGAGGUGCUGGUGCCCGUGGCGGGGACCCUGAAGUGGGGCGCCGUGUGUGGGGCCCAUUGGGGCCUGAGCGAGGCCAUGGUCGUCUGCCGGCAGCUGGCGCUGGGCUUCGCCAGCCAGGCGCACCAGGAGACCUGGUACUGGCCAGGCAGCCGGGACGCGGGCGAGGUGGUGCUGAGUGGCGUGCGCUGCGCGGGCACCGAGCUGUCACUGCAGCAGUGCCAGCACCACGGCCCCGUGCACUGCCCCACGGGCGGGGGCCGCUUCUCCGCUGGCGUUAGCUGCACCCGCACGGCCCCGGACCUGGUGAUGAACGCACAGCUGGUGCAGGAGACGGCCUACUUGGAGGACCGACCGCUGAGCCUGCUGUCCUGCGCCCACGAGGAGCGCUGCCUCUCGAGCUCCGCCGACCACAUGGACUGGCCCUACGGGCACCGCCGCCUGCUGCGCUUCUCCUCCCGGGGGGAAGGAGCCCAGGAGCCAGCCCGCGGCCGCCUUCCCCGUCCCCCUGACCGCUCCUGCCCCCGCAGGCACUACCACAGCAUCGAGGUCUUCACCCACUACGACCUGCUGACGCUCAACGGCACCAAGGUGGCGGAGGGGCACAAGGCCAGCUUCUGCCUAGAGGACAGCAACUGCCACGGGGGGCGGCAGCGGAGCUUUGCCUGUGCCAACUUCGGGGAGCAGGGUGUGAGCAUGAGCUGCUGGGACACCUACCGGCACGACAUCGACUGCCAGUGGAUCGACAUCACUGACGUGCGGCCGGGCAGCUACAUCUUCCAGGUGAUCGUGAACCCCCUGCGCGACGUGGCCGAGUCAGACUUCUCCAACAAUGUCGUGCGGUGCCAGUGCAAAUAUGACGGGCAGCACAUCUGGAUGCACGCCUGCCACACAGGCGAUGCCCACGGGGCCGAUGUGCUCAGCGUCAUGGAGCAGCAGCAGCGCCUGACCACGGCCCGCCCGUGGCGCGGCUCCAGCCCUGCCCAGCGGGCGCACAAGGCCGGGGCUGUUGGGCUGCGGCUGAGCAGGGCGGAGGCCUGCAGCUGGGAGCGCGACGUCAACAAGCUGCCGGCGGCACAUUCCUGA